AUGAGGCAGUACAACCUCUCGCAAUUGUCGCACGCCGCGGCGGCGAUGCGCAUGCGCAACCCGUCGCAUAUCCGACACUUCGCAAGCUACAGCGGAAGCCAGAAAAUCCUCGGGGUCGACUAUGGCAAGCAACUGGCGAAUCUUAACUUGCUGAAACAGCGAUCGCGACAACGUCCGUUGACGUUGACCGAAAAACUACUAUACAGCCACUUGAUCCUGGACGACCAGAACGCAAACACAUGGAGUCUCGAUGAGAUUGAGCGCGGGAAAACCAUUCUGGAAUUGCGACCGGAUCGCAUUGCUUGUCACGAUGCGACCGCGACCAUGGCCCUGCUGCAAUUCAUCAGCGCGGGACUCCCGCGCGUCAUGGCGCCCACGACUGUGCAUAGUGACCAUCUGAUUGUGUCGGAGAAGGGCGCGGAAGAGGAUCUCCGGCGCGCGAAAACUGAACACUCCGAGGUCUAUGAAUUUUUGAGCAGUGCGUCGAGGAAAUAUGGGAUUGGGUUUUGGAAGCCUGGGUCGGGGAUUAUUCAUACGGUGAUUUUUGAGAACUAUGCGGUACCCGGUGGACUGAUUAUCGGAACCGACUCGCAUACUCCGAACGCAGGUGGACUGGGAAUGCUCGGAAUCGGAGUCGGUGGUUCAGACGCCGUAGAUGCCAUGUCCGGGAUGCCGUGGGAACUCGUUGCGCCGAAUGUCGUUGGAGUCCGAUUGACCGGCCAGCUGCAGGGCUGGACCUCGACCAAGGAUAUCAUCUGCAAGCUGGCCGGCAUCUUGACCGUCUCCGGUGGCAAGGGCCAAGUGAUUGAGUUCUUCGGCCCCGGCACAGAAACGCUGGGAGCGACGGCCAUGGCGACGAUCUGUAAUAUGUCUGCGGAGAUCGGGUCGACGUCUUGUAUCUUCCCGUAUUCCGAGUCGAUGGCUCGCUACCUGGGCGCCACCAAGCGCGAUUAUGCAGCUCGAGCGGCGGACGGCGUCAGGGAUGUUCUGUUGACUGCUGACGAAGGAUCCGAGAACUACUAUAAUCAAGUCAUCGAGAUCAAUCUCAGCACGCUGGAACCUCAUGUAAACGGUCCGUUCACGCCAGAUCUGGCGCAUCCCAUCUCCCAGCUGAAGAAGGCCGCUUCGGAGAAGGACUGGCCCGGCGAGCUGAGCCACGCCAUGGUAGGGAGCUGCACGAACAGCUCCUACGAGGACCUGGAUAAGACCAGGCAGCUAGUCGCCCAAGCCAAAGCGGCCGGGCUGAACAGAUUCAAGGUCCCAUUCCUGCUCAGUCCCGGAAGUGAGCAGAUCCGCGCGACGGCAGAAGCAGAAGGGAUUCUUGAGGAGCUGCGCGAGGCCGGAGCCACCGUUCUCAGUAGUUCCUGCGGUCCUUGCGUAGGGUCGUGGGAUCGCAAGGAUGUGGACGUCAAGGGGAAGGAAAAGAACUCGGUGAUCUCCAGCUUCAACCGCAACUUCGUGGGCCGACACGACAGCAACCCGGCGACUCAUUCGUUCGUGACGUCGCCUGAAUUGGUGACGGCCUUUGCCUACUCCGGUCGUUUAGACUUCAAUCCUCUGACCGACAGCAUCCCAGCUGCGGAUUCGCAGCCCUUCCAAUUCUCAACCCCAACGAGCCACGAGCUUCCGGUCAGCUAUGAAUCCGGCCUCGACACAUUCCAGGAGCCUCCGUCAGAUGGAUCCUCGCUCUCUGUCGCCGUCAACCCCCAAUCCGAUCGCCUUCAGCUGCUGACUCCGUUCCCCGCCUGGGAGCCCGCCUGCGCCAACAACAUGGAGCUCCUAAUCAAGGUGUCCGGGAAAUGCACCACCGAUCACAUCUCCCCGGCAGGGCCAUGGUACAAGUAUCGCGGUCACCUUGAAAACAUCAGUAACAACAUGCUCACGACCGCCACCAAUGCCUUCCUCCCACCGGGGCCCCAAAUGCUCGGCCACACGCGCAACCCGGUAACGUCGACCAACGACCUGCAAGUCGUCCCAGAUGUCGCCCGGGAUUUACAAUCCCGCGGCAUUCGCUGGUGCAUCGUCGGCGACCACAACUAUGGUGAGGGCAGCUCGCGCGAACACGCCGCCCUAGAACCGCGAUUCCUCGGCGGCGUGGCCGUCAUUGCACGUUCGUUUGCGCGCAUCCACGAAACGAACCUUAAGAAGCAGGGCAUGCUGCCGCUUACAUUCCAGGACGCUGCGGACUACGAGCGCAUCAUGGAUGGGGAUCGGAUUACUCUAGUGGGUGUUGAGGAGGGGGAGCUGCAGCCUGGCAAAUCCGUUACUAUGAGGGUUACUCCGAGGACGGGGGCCGUGUGGGAGACCCAGUUGAAUCACAGCUACCAUGCGGGUCAGAUCAAGUGGCUUCGUGCGGGGAGUGCCUUGAACCAUAUUAAGGCUAAGUUUGGGAAUAACUGA